AAGGCUAGUGUUAGUGAGAUCGCCUUCCGGUGGGCAAGAGUCUUGGGCUCCUGAGGGAGCUAGGACAGGAUUUUGAAUUCCUGACUUCCUGGCAAUCCUUAAUAGAGCACUCUAGGCGCCCCAAGUUUGAAGCCGGACUACCUCCCUGGAGGUAGCCAAACCUUCAGCCGGCAGUUCUCAGUAGAGUUUUAGUUCCACUGCAGACGGAUGGGCCGGGAAUCCCAGGGGAAAGAGGAGACUGGGACUCCUAGGGGUCUAAUGAGUGAGAGUUGAGGAAGAAGCACCCCUUUCCAGGCCUCCGUUUCCCAGACUGUGAUGGGGAGGGCGGAGAAGGAUUGUGCAGUCGCCUGCCGCGGCCUCCCUGCACCCUUUUGACAGCCGCUUCCCUCUCGGAGUAGCUGUUGGGUUAACGUUUUCCUCUGUGGAGCUUUGGGGUCAGGCAGUCCUGGGUUCACCUCCUGAUGGUGUUGCUGAUUCGGUGUGAACUCGGGUCUUGAUGGGUCCUUAAAGCAAUUUCACUUUAAUAUUUUAUUAUGUUUUAUUAUGAAAAUGUUCCAACUUAUAUAAAAGUGAGAGAAUAAUAGAAGAAUCCCUAUCGCCCAGAGUUACCAAUUAUUAAUAUUUUUUGACAUAUUGGCUGGAUAUUUUUUUAAGAUUAAAUAUAUAAGGCAAAUUCUAUCCAUCGUGACAUUUCACCCGUAAAUACCUCAGGAUACAUGUGUAAAAAACAGAGACAUUUUUACAACAUUGUAAAUUAACUAUACUUAAACUUUAAAAAAAAAUUUUAAUUUUUAAAAAGCACACACGCACACAAAAAAGCAGGGACAUUUUCCUCCAUGACCACAAUACUAUUACACUUACAAAAGCAACCCUAAUAUUACCUAUUACUUGGUCCAUAAUCAAAUUCUCCUUCUGAAAAAAUGCCUUUAAAAAAAAGAAGUUUCACUUUUUUGAAUCAGAAUCCAUUCAAGUCAUUGUUAUGUCUCUUAAAUUGCUCUUAAUCUCAAACAGUCUCACCUCCACCCCACCCUGUUUUUUUCCUUGGCAAUUGAUUCAUUGAAGAAACUGGAUCAGUUAUUCCGUUAUCAUCCCACCAUCUGAACUUGUCUUUUUGCUUCUUUGAAGUGGUGAUGGCCUUUCACUUAUUCCUCCAUUAUUCCCGCUGCACCCCCCUCCCCAAUUGCCACACCCUUUCUCUAUGGAUUAACCUAAUGUGGACUUUUCACAUCAAUGGAAUCUUUUUCCUGUCUGGUUUCUUUCAUUUAGCAUAAUGUUGUCAAGGUUCAUCCAUUUUGUAGCAUGUAUCAGUACUUCUUUUUAAAGCUAAAUAAUAUCCCUUUGUAUGAGAUAUACCAUAUUUUGUUUAUCCACGCGUCAGUCAAUGGACAUUUGUGUUGUUUCCACUUUUUGGCUAUUGUGAAUAUGCUGCUUGCACUUGUGUACAAGAUUUAGUGUGGACAUAAGUUUUCAUUUCUUUUGGCGGUGGAAUUGCUGAAUCAAAUGGUAACUCUGUGUUUAGCCUUCUGAGGAACUGCCAGACUUUUCCAAAGUGGCUGCUUCAUUUUGCAUUCCCACCCUCAGUGUCUGAGUGUUUCAAUUUCUCCACACUUGUUAUGAUCCAACUUUUUUUUUUUUUUGGCCAUGCCGAGUGGCAUGCGGGAUCUUCCCCGACCGGGGAUCGAACCUGUGUCCCCUGCAGUGGAUGAGCGGAGUCUUAAUCACCGGACUGCCAGGGAAGUCCAUCGUCUGACUUUUUGACGCUUUCCCGUCAGAUCAGAUCGGGGGCCAGAAAGGUCCAGUCCUCUCUGCGUGGGCCCCCUCUGGACACACAGCCCUGCAGCUGCCCCUUCCUUACCCCCCAGGAUGACACGCCACGGCAAGAACUGCACGGCGGGGGCCGUCUACACCUACCAUGAGAAGAAGAAGGACACAGCGGCCUCAGGCUACGGCACCCAGAACAUUCGACUGAGCCGGGAUGCCGUCAAGGACUUCGAUUGCUGCUGCCUCUCUCUGCAGCCGUGCCACGACCCUGUUGUUACCCCCGAUGGCUACCUGUAUGAGCGGGAGGCAAUCCUAGAGUACAUUUUGCACCAGAAGAAGGAGAUCGCCCGGCAGAUGAAGGCCUACGAGAAGCAGCGGGGCGCCCGGCGUGAGGAGCAGAAGGGGCUGCGGCGGGCGGCCGCGCAGGACCAGGUGCGGGGCUUCCUGGAGAAGGAGGCGGCCAUCGUGAGCCGGCCCCUCAACCCCUUCACGCCCAAGGCCGCCUCCGGGGACUGCCCAGAUGAUGCCCGACCCGGGUCCAGUGCGGGCCCCACAGGCAAGGACAAGGACAAAGCGCUGCCCAGCUUCUGGAUCCCAUCGCUGACCCCCGAGGCCAAGGCCACCAAGCUGGAGAAGCCGUCGCGCAUUGUGACCUGCCCCAUGUCCGGGAAGCCGCUGCGCAUGUCCGACCUGACGCCCGUGCGCUUCACGCCGCUCGACAGCUCCGUGGACCGCGUGGGGCUCAUCACGCGCAGCGAGCGCUACGUGUGUGCCGUGACCCGCGACAGCCUGAGCAACGCCACACCGUGCGCCGUCCUGCGGCCCUCUGGGGCCGUGGUCACCGUGGAGUGCGUGGAGAAGCUGAUUCGCAAGGACAUGGUGGACCCCGUGACCGGAGAGAAGCUCACGGACCGCGACAUCAUCGUGCUGCAGCGGGGCGGCACGGGCUUCGCGGGCUCCGGAGUGAAGCUGCAGGCCGAGAAGUCCCGGCCAGUGAUGCAGGCCUGAGCGCGCGGUAAACCAAAUAAAUGGGCUUGUUGGACGCGACAGGCCGUGUGGCGCCGUCAUUCACCGCGCCAGAGCCCGGUGACAGCGUGAGCUCAGGAAUGACUGCGCUUUGAAAGCGUGGGCUAAAAAUAUUUGAUUGUGGUCUCACGUUAAGAGUAAUAUCUGAAUCGAAUGCAAACGCACAGCUUUAAAUGGGUUGAGUGGCCAGAGGUCGGAGUCUGGGCCGCGACCACAGGAGGGCGCCACUUUAACGGACUGUAGAAGUCCCCGCACUUUCUUUUGAGUUAAACCAAAUUUGAAGCCCAGGAGGCGACCCGGAACGCGUCUCCCGUUGUAAAGUUUGAUAAGACACGUAAAGGAAAUGAAGUGCUGUGUGUGACUGAGAAAGCGAACAGCCGGCACCCUGUCUAGAGAAGGCAGUCAGGAACGCUUCCUCCCCCAUCACCUGGAGGCUGGAGGGUGAAGAGGAAGAGGAAACCGCAAGUGCAAAGUCCUGGAGGCAGCGCUCGGCAGGUGUGACAAGGGAGGAGUUCAGAGCACCCAGGCCUAGUGGACCUGCCUGGAGCUCAGACUUGACUAGGAGGGCAGGGGUGGCCUUUAAAGCUAUGUUUUUAAUAACCAUUGAAUCACAAAAGCAGACCCUGUGCAGUGUGGAGAACCAGAGCAUACAGUCAAGCAAAGAUUGCAAAAAUAAAGUCUUAAAAGUCCUGA